AUGGCUCUUCAUCUCUCCCUCCUCCUCCUCCUCCUCUUCCUCAUCCUCACCCUCAUCCUCUUUGUACUCUCAGCAGCGAGGCAUGUGUCUGUGCAGACAGGAGGCUCCAUCACCAUCCCAUGUCAAUAUGAUCCGAAUCACAUCAACCAUGUGAAAUACUGGUGUAAAGGAUUACUUUGGGACGGAUGUUCUUAUGUGGUACGCACUGACCAUCCUAAGAUCAGUGGUAAGGCCUCAAUCUCUGAUGACAUCAACAAGAGAAUCUUCACUAUGACCAUGACUAACCUGAAGUCACGGGACUCUGAGAAUUACAGGUGUGUUGUGGAGAUCAAUGGAGGACCAGAUAUCAGGAUACAUUGGUUCUACCUAUCUGUCACUUUAGGUACUGCAGAACUCUAUGUGGACCAACAGGAAGUGACUGGAGUAGAAGGAGGGAGUGUCACUGUCCGUUGUUACUAUAGUAACUCUGGAGAUAUGAAGUGGUGCAGGAUGGGUGGUGAUUGUGUGAGUUUGUAUUAUUGGACUUUACAUGGAACAUCAGUGACAUUAAAGCGGACUAGUGAUGCCAACAACAGAAAAGUCUUAACAGUGACUAUGGGUGGACUGAAGAUGGAGAACACUGACUUGUAUUGGUGUAGAGUGGGAGAACUAGAGUUGCCUGUUCACAUCACUGUCAGUCAACAAACUGCAACACAGAGAACCACUACAAUGACGUCAACAACCCAAGCUCCAACCAAUCAACAACCCUCUGCCUCUCCAACUGCUGAGCCUGUUCAGAUUGACAACACAAGUCAAGGAGCUGAUGGGAACAUGGAGGACGUCCACCAGAGGUCCAUAGAUGUGAAAGUCCUUUUGAUUCCUUGGGGCAUGUUGGUGGUGGUGACAGCUGGUAUCCUAGUCACAUGGAAGAUGUGGACAAAGCAUAGUAAGUAG